UCGACGUAAUUGGAACGGGCGCAGUCGUAGCUAGCGCACUCGCCCCAGCUGUCUCAACCAGCAUUAGGUAUACGCAGCGUGUUCGGAAAGAAGCAAGUGAACAACCAAAUUCAGUUUUGAGCUUUGUUCGCUGGUGAUGAUUUCGCGCACAUCGCUAACACAAUUCGAUUGAAAGAAAGAAUCCGGUCGCUGCAGUUUGUGCGCGAAUUCGGUGGACGAAACCCUUCACGGAAUGGAAAGGGUCAUCAACGCUGCAUUGAACUGCCUAGUUUACGUGUGCAUAAUCUGCGGGAUUUUGUUUCUCGUGCCAAUCAGGCUGAGCAAAAGGAUCCAAGAAGCGUUAUUUGCGAGGCUAUUUUACCCCGUAGCAAUGCUUUUGUUGAACGCCAGGCUCGGAAGAUUGCGUCGCCUGACCGUGGGCCAGCUGAAGGAGCUGCUCUCGCACGAUGACACACUGAGGAAGCAGGGCGCCCUGAGGGUCCUGGAGAUCGGCACAGGUUCCGGAGCCAACUUGGAGCACGUGGAGCGGAAGUUGCAGUACUGGACACUGGACCCCAAUCCAGAGUUUGGAGCCGACCUCCGCGCGCAGCUGAAGAGAAACCCCAAAGUGACGAUGGAACGGUGGAUCCAGGGGUGCGGCGAAGACAUGCGGGGCGUCCCCGACGGCCAUUUCGACGCCGUGCUGAUGAUGUACGUCCUCUGCUCUGCGACGGAUCCGGAGAGGGUACUCGCGGAAUGCAAGCGAGUGCUCGCAAAGGGCGGGCGGCUGCUCUUCGCGGAGCACGUUGCUCACCACGAAGGCAGCUGGGGCCUGGCGGUGCAGAGGAUCCUGGAUCCCCUGUGGAGUUCACUCUGCUGUGGGUGCCAUGUGACCAGGAGGACCGGAGACGUGUUGGCGAGCGCUGGCUUUGCCCAUCUCCAGCUCAACGAGCUGCUUCUACCCGUGGCUACGCCGCUCUCUAGAAACGUCUGGGGCUACGCUGAGGUAGAUUAGCUCUGAUUGGCGUCGUUUUCCCCCACCUAAACGAAUCAUCUUUACGAAACAUUAAUCGAGCUUGCGUAGAAAGUCUUGAGGGAUGCAAUGUCAAUGUUUUAAAUGCCAAUUUGUUGCGAUGCGGUCAUUCAUUGAAAUAAAAUAUUUCUGGUUGUCUAGUUUGUUAGCAAUGCGAAAUUGCAAAAAUACACAAAAUUAAGUUAUAUUGAAAUAAGCAUAGCCUUCCCAUGUAUACUACGAUUCUUUAGAAAAAAUUAACUAAUCAAAAUGGUCCUCUUUCGUCUAAUAAAUAUGUUAUUUGGCGUUCGGUUUGCACAUCUCUUUAGAAAAACCAAACGCAAAAAUUGUAAAAAGGAGCCACGCUGUGUCCGGUGUUCGUCUGCGUGCCACGAGAUGGCAACACCUCGUGAAGCACAAGCGGUCCGGGGCCUGCUGGGAUUGGGAACAGGAGAAGGGCGCGUAGGCUCCUCGA